UCACUUCCGUUCAUCAGGACUGCCGCCAUGUACCAAGUGUGAACGUUAGGGAAAGGGCUAGCUUUUUGUUUUUACACAGGCUAGCAUAAAACCUUUACUAAUCGUUUGUUUAAUUUGAAAUAAGACUAAACCAAUUCUCAACCCUUUAAGCCAAAAUGAAUAUUAUUCAGACUCCGAAACGGGCCGCCAUCCUGAGUUGUUUAAUUCUUCCUCAAAAUGGAGUCGCAGACUACGGAUCCAGAGAUUCCUCACAGCAACUCGCCAUGGGCGCAUCUAUGGAUUCUCACAACGGCAAUGUCGUGUCCUCCGAUGCACCAAAACGGCCGAAGAACCUGGUAGUGCCUAUAUCUAACGGGUAUGCAACAAAAAGCCUUCGGGAGAACAGCGAGGAGAUCGAGGACGGCUCUUUGCCGUGUACGCCGGAGUUGGAUAGCGACACCGAGAUCUCCAGUUGCCCAGCCGGGGAUGAAGUGUUGGAGAGUGACACGAGGCAAAUCAUUAGCCGUUUGCUUAAAGACUCAAUCGGACUUUCAAAACCGCGGUGGAAUGAAAGCAAAGUACUAUCAACAAUGAAAAGAGUUGUGGGGGACGUUUUGGAAAAACACAGAUACGCGUACAAUGGUAUGAUCAACAAAUUGUCACUGGAUGACAGAGGGGAUGAUAUGACAUUUGUCACUUCAGUAGCCAAGAGCCUCUUUGCAGAUGGGACAACCAACUGGGGGCGAAUCGCCAGCUUGUUGGCCUUCGGGGUAGUGGUGUGUCAGUACCUGAAGGAGAGAGGCAGGCUGAACUGUGUGGAGCUUGUGAGCCAGGAGAUUUCCACGUACUUGCUUUUUGACCAGCGAGACUGGCUGGUCAAAAACAACUCUUGGGAUGGCUUUGCAGAGUUCUUUCGCGUAGCAGACCCUGAGUCAACGGUCAGGAACACACUCAUGGCCUUUGCUGGAUUUGCCGGUAUUGGGGCAACAUUGGCCCUGCUGAUCAGGUGAAUUUGUUGGACACUCAAAGAAAAAUGUGCAUCUUUUUUUAAGAACUCUUUUGCUUGAGUUUGGAUUAAAGAAGAUCGAAAGGAUGGCUUUCACCAGUUGUUCCUUUUCACUUUAUCAUGGCCCCACUCCUGCAAAAUGACAAAUGGACUUCACCUCAGAAUUCUGCUUUUUAUUUAAUUUUUGAUAGUUUAUUUUUCUAACUGUGUAAUUUGUGAUUAAAUUUGCUAUGGGAAAUCAGUUGAACUGAUCAGUGGUAUUUACUCACUGCUUUAUAAUAUCACAGUUUUGUGGUGGUAAUGGUAAAGAAGCCCCAGGCCAAAGCAAGGAAGGAAAUGUGUAUUUUUCCAUGUCAUGCAGCCAUGAAGCCCAUUUCCAUACAGACCAUUCAUAACCCCAUUUAAAUGGACGUCUCAAUCAACUAAGAGGCAGAGAGGGUGGAUUUGCAUUAGUGUAGCUGUACGUCUGCACUAGGGGACAUUGCUCAAGAACCACACACGGACUUUUGUACAAGAUUGUGGACAGUUUGAGUCUGUUUGUAAAAAAUCACAAGGACUAUGAGAUGAACAGAACACAAAGGUCGACGGACUUAUUUUCUCAGAGAAACAGACAAUGAUAACAGAUUACAACUAUAAGCUCUGUACAGAAAAUAAAAGACAGUAAUUAAAUUCA